AUGGAUGAAAUGGCAAUCUUUGGUGCUAUGCCUCACUCAGCAACUUGUUGCUGCUGGUUUGCUGCUGGUGAGGGCUCAUCUGAGCCUUCUCAGCAGCAACAAGAAGUUGUUGAUGCUGAUGCUACUGGAGCUAAACCAGUCGAUAAAAAACGUAAGCAAGUUAAUGCUAGAUCUAAAGUUUGGGAUCAUUUUGAGCGCAUAGUUGAUGAAAAUGGAAAAUUGAUUUUGUCUAAAUGUUUGUAUUGUGCAAAGACUUAUAACUCUGAUACUAAAAUUAAUGGGACUUCUACCCUUAGAUUCCAUAUUCUUUCAUGUCUUAAGAACCAUCAUAGUAAAGAUACUAGACAGGCCUUUUUAACUCUACAACCGGUUGCUGCAUGUCCUGCUGAAAAUGAGGGAAAGGGACAAUUGGGGACUUAG